GAUUGAUAGAAAAGUUAUUCAUUAGUUGGAGGGUUAUAAAUUAUGGUAUGUUUUAUGGAACGUUGAAUUUUUAAAUUUAUUGUCACCUGGCAAGGCAAAAUGAUACUAAUGAAGGCAAUCUGAAUAUGAAGAAUAAUAAGUUGAUGGAAAAGUUUGACAUGAUAAGGAUACUUAAAAACUACUCGUGCAAGAUGGAAGAUUAAAAUUAGUGUUAGUAUUUUGUGUGGGUUGGGGGAGGAGUAGAGAAGUGAUGGCAGAUGAAGACUAAUGGCUUUUGUGAAUUGGUCAAUCAUUUUAAAAAGAUCUUCAUACUAUCGUUGAUGUAAUCAGCUAAAUUACCACAGCUUAAGGACACCUGGCCCGAGGAAAAAGGUGACCGUAUGGAAUGGCGACGCGAUUCUCCAUAUUUCCGGCGUUGCCGAUAGCGUUGAUUAUCUUCACCGCAAUCACCAACGUUUUCAGCAUCAGUGACUUGUGUCCAGCUCGGUGCAAAUGCGAGGAUGAAUUUCUACGGGCUGCGUGUGUAUUUGCUAGUUUGGAAGUCGUACCAAUUCAGCUAAACCCAGAGAUUAAACAUUUGGAUUUAUCAAAUAACCGCAUUGGAUCCUUAAAUUUAGGAUUUGCCUUCUAUGAUAAUUUAGAAAGUUUGGAUUUAUCAUUUAACAACCUUCAUACUCUUGGAACUGAUAAUUUUAUGCUACAAACACGUCUAGUGACGCUAAAUGUAAGCAAUAAUAACAUUCGAGGUAUCUCAAAAAAUGCCUUAAAAGGCUUGGAGUCAAUGAAACUCCUAGAUCUUAGCAAUAAUAAUAUUACUGAUAUGGAUAGUCAAGCAUUUCGUUAUGCAAGUGAAUUGGAAAAAGUUGAUUUGAGUGGAAAUUCACUUACAAGCUUACCCCAAGGGCUUUUAAAUAAUCUCCAUCGAAUAAAGAAUCUCAAAUUAGCAAGAAACUCACUUCUAGAAGUGCCAACAAGUAAUUUGGAUCUUGCUCCAAGUUUAGAAGUGUUAGAUCUGUCAGACAAUCUUAUUCAAGAGAUUCCACGAAAUGCAGUACCAUCAUUAAGAUCAUUGGUAUCCCUAAAUCUGGCCAAUAAUGUCAUAAGAAGCGUUGAUGACAAUGCUUUCGAACGUUUGCCAGCACUGUUAUAUUUAAACCUACAAGGUAACAAUUUGACUGAUGUUCCAACGCCAGCACUUGCCAAGUUGAAUGUUUUGUCAUACUUGGUAUUGUCUCGAAAUCCUCUGGAAGAGUUAAAUGAUCUGGCAUUUCGCAACUUGUUUGAAUUAAAAACGCUGGAUUUACGAGAAUGUACAAUAGGUUCAAUCCAACCACGUGCAUUUGCUGACAAUGUAAACUUGGAGCAGAUAUUUUUAGAUGGUAAUCAUGAGCUUCACUACCUGCCUCCAAGGGUCCUCCAUGCAGCUAGAUACUUGACAACAGUGUCAUUGCGUCGCUGCAACUUGUCUACUCUUGAACCAACCCACUUUCCCGUUGAUGGGCUAACAAAUUUACAAAUUGGAGGGAAUCCUCUAGUGUGUAAUUGUUCGAUCCACUGGCUAUGGAAUGUAAUCCAGAUGGAAGAUCGUAGAAAUACCACAAAGUUGGUAGUAGAUCGUGAAGAAAUAAUUUGCACCGAUGAGGAAUUUGCUGGAAAGCUUUUGAUGAACCUGGCUGAAAGUUCUUUGCGUUGCCGCUUGAGCCCACUUUAUCUAUCUCUCUCUGCUAUAGGCUGUUUAGCUGCUACAGCUAUGAUUUUAGCUCUUAUAGGAUACAUCACCAAAAUGAAACGACAAAAAAGACCUUUUGAAACGUCCAACAGACCAGAAUUGUUGGUUUACGUGGGUCCAACUCAAGAACCUGCUAAACCACCAGUUAAUAAUGCUACUUAUCCCAACAGAAUAAUUAAUAGGAAUCCAGAUGGAUUCUACAAUUUGUCCAAUCCCAAGCUAAAUAAUCAUCAAGCUGAAUCUUAUUAUGAUACACCUGAAUUUCACCCACAGACCAACUCCAGGAACAAUUUUAGGGAUAAUUCUGGCUUCUAUACUAAUAAACCGAGUGUUGAGGGUGUCUAUGCUGUUACGGAUGUCACAAAUUUGAGGAACACCGCACCGGAGGUGCAUUCACUUUAUAGAAUGCAUAGUCCAAAGGUUCAAAGAGUUGGGUCUAGUAAUAGGGAAUAUGAUUGUGAUUAUGAUUAUGAUUAUUAUCAACCAACCAUCACGCCACAAAAGCCACAUGUUGUCUUUGUUUGAGUACGUACUUAAGGUCCGGCUUUUUUAACGCUUGGUGCCUUAUUAUUCUGCUACGUUUUUUGUGUAAAAUAUUUUUUAAUUACUUUAAGUGACGAAAGUAAGAAGAAAAAAAAAAAAUUUGUAAAUGUAAAGAGAUUAUUUUUGUUUUUAUUUUUUUGUAAAAAAUAUUUUACUUUGCUUCUUUCAUAUGUAUUUUUUGUAUAGUCAGUGCCAAUAUUAUUGAAAUGUUACUACGACGAAUUUAUUGUGAACAAAUAAAUUAAUUAAAUGCGGGUAUAAUUAAAAAAGAAAAAUUGACAUUUUUCGAUAAACUAAACACUUUUUUGAGCAAUAACAAUACACUUUCAUACUACACUAUACCUUUAUUAGGUACUUUUAUGUAUAAGAAAAAGGUCUAGUUAUUGACGAAAUUUAAUAAUUAAUUAUUAAUAGUUAAAAAUAACAAAAAGUGUAUACGUGAUUUUGAAACAAUUCAAGAGUCCAAGAAAGAGAGAAAAAUAAUUGGUUUAAAAUUCAAUGAAAAACAAACAUUUUGAUGAUUUAAUUUAUAUUAUAUGUAUUUAAUGGAAUAACAAUUUAUUAAUGAAAAUUUUAAUUCAGGCUUUUAGCCAAUAGCAAUCAAUAUUUUAAUGUUAUAAUUCAAUUCAUUUCUUGUUUGAAAAACAAAAGACAAGUAUGUAUUGUCAAUAAUACAUUAUUCAAUACCUAAAAGCUUGAAUAAAAAUUAAAUAUAUAGAACAAUAAUUUAUAUUUCAUUUAAACGUUAGUUAUAAUUUAAAAUAUUAUUUAAUCCUUCUAUUCAUCAAAAAAUUAGGUUAUCAAUAAUCAAGAAAAUUGGAGAGUAAUAAUGGAGCAGAAAUAGCAUGCUCAAAAUCAAACGUGCUACGAAAUAAAAAUCUCAAUGUAUUAUUUAUUUUCGAUUGUAGAGAUAGGGAACUAUUUUUUAUACGUUGAUCAAUAUCAUGACCAGUUUCAUAUAUUGCUAGUCUAUAAAGCACGCAGAAAAGGUCUAUGAAUAACUGAAAUUCAUAUUUUUUUAAUUUACAUUUUUGUUGUCAACAUGGUAUGAACUUUUCUUGGGCCCUUAAAUUAUAGAAUAUUUAUGUCUUCCGAGAGAAUGACAAAAAAAAAAGUUUUUUGUAAUGAAAAGAGGAAAAAAAAAAUGAUAAUAAUGAAAAAUAACACAAAAAAUGCAUUUUUUAUAUAUUAUGCAAACGAUGGAAAAAAAUCAAACUUGCUAUUUUAAAAUGCCAAGAUACCUGAUAAGAUGAAUUGAUAAAGUGAUGAUUACAUACACGCUAUCGGCGAACAAUUUUUUCAAACUUUACAAAAGCGUCAACGAAAUUUUCGAAUGGUAAUUUUUCUCGUGAUAAUUGUAUUGAUAUAAUAAUAAAUAACGAGAAUGAAUUCCAGUUAAGUUGCGUUAUUGAUGAACUGAGAAAUAAAUAUAAUAAAAAGUAUAAUUAUGAUUACGAUAAUAAUAAAAAAUUAACGAAGCAAUAAUUGAUAAAAAAAUAAUAAGCAAAAAAAAUCUAUCGUUAUAUAAACACAAAAAUGCGCGGAAUAUUAUUAAUUUUACGAUUUUAUGAUAUAUUGUAUCUAUAUAUUUAUUAAUAAGAUAUAUAAAAUUGAUACUUAGACAUAAAUGUACAAUUCAAAAAAUACGCUGACACACAUACACACAUGUUUAAUAAAUAAGUUUAUCAAUAAUUUAU